CGCCGCCAACUUGUUCCUCCUUCUCCAGCUACUCCGCCCAGCAUGAGCUCAGCACAAGCCUCAACGUCCGCCAAUACGAUGGACCAAAGGAGAAAGGACGCCCUGAAGGGGUAUAGAGAUAAAAUGCGGCAACACGAGCAAUCGAGCGAGAACUUGAAGAGCUUGAGGUUCUCGCUGAAGGAUCUUGAGCUGGACUUCGAGAAGACAGAGGACGACAUCAAGGCCGUACAGUCAGUAGGACAGAUUAUUGGCGAGGUCAUGAAACAGCUGGACGACGAGCGAUUCAUUGUAAAAGCCUCCUCGGGACCUCGCUACGUUGUGUCCUACCGCCCUACGCUACCGGUCGACAAGCUCAAGAUGGGUACCCGUGUCAGCCUGGACAUGACCACCCUCACCAUCAUGCGCAUACUCCCCCGCGAAGUCGACCCGCUCGUUUACAAGAUGAGCUUGGAGGACCCCGGAGGUGCGAGCUUCGCGGGCAUCGGUGGUCUGGGAGAGCAAGUCCGAGAACUGCGGGAGGUCAUUGAACUGCCCCUGCUCAACCCCGAACUGUUCCAGCGCGUGGGCAUCAAGCCUCCGAAGGGUGUGCUCUUGUACGGCCCCCCGGGCACGGGCAAGACGCUGCUCGCGCGCGCGGUUGCUGCGACGCUGAACACGAACUUCCUCAAGGUCGUCUCCUCCGCGAUCGUCGACAAGUACAUUGGCGAGUCCGCGCGUGUCGUGCGCGAGAUGUUCGGGUACGCGCGCGAGCACGAGCCGUGUGUCAUCUUCAUGGACGAAAUCGACGCCAUUGGUGGGCGGCGGUUCUCCGAGGGCACGAGCGCGGAUCGUGAGAUCCAGCGGACGCUCAUGGAGCUACUGAACCAAAUGGACGGCUUCGACUCGUUGGGACGGACAAAGCUGAUCAUGGCCACUAACCGUCCUGACACGCUCGACCCCGCGCUCCUCAGGCCAGGGCGUCUGGACAGGAAGAUCGAGAUCCCGCUGCCCAAUGAGCAGGCGCGACUGGAGAUCCUCAAGAUCCACUCGCAGCCUGUAAACAAGAGCGGCGAGAUGGACUACGAGGCUAUCGUGAAGCUGUCCGACGGCUUCAACGGUGCUGAUCUGCGCAACGUGAUCACGGAGGCUGGGAUGUUCGCUAUCAGGGACGACCGUGAAUACGUCAUCCAGGAAGACAUGACGAAGGCUGCACGGAAAGUCGGGGAGGCAAAGAAGCACGAGACCAAGCUCGAGUAUUCUGCAUAGUCGGUGUAGAUGUCUUCGCUUUUGGACGUGUUUUGUAUCAUACCAUGCAUUUUGUACUCGGACUUCUCUCAUGCACGGUUUCCAUGUCCA